AUGACGGAUCUUCUCGACGAGAUGCGUCUCCAGCGCGCUAUCAAGGGGACCAACAAUUUCAAGUUUGCCGCCUCCAAGAUCAUCGACCACUCCAACUUUCCGGAGGCCGACUUCAACGAUGGCGAGCUGUUUGACCCCUUGUGUAACCAGCCAUUUCCGUGUAACAGUUCUCCCCAAGCCAGUCUCAUCGAGUCGUGGGUCAAGGAUAGGGCAAACGCGCUCGAGGUGGAAAACAUGUACCGAAACGCCGACCAGGUACGGUGGAAGUCCGACUGGGUCGAUAAGGAGCUCAAGUAUGGACCGUCCAACUCGUACAAGCAGAUCAAGACACCCAGGCUCGUCAUCUUCCCCAACGGCACCCGCCCCGAGAAGGACCUCCACCCAAACAGGCCGCCCAACACGCCAGACUUGGAGAUCUGGGAAGAGGUCGACAUGGACAAGACCCUUGCGCAGGGCGGUCAAUCCUCCAUCGUCAAGGACAAGACAAAAGCGGCUACGAAAAAGGCUGGCACAUACGGCAAGUGGCAAGGGGACCCGGAUCCGCAGAAGAAGGCCACAAUUCACAUGGAGACUAUCCGCGCCAACAGAAUCAAAAAGGCGAGUUCCUAA